AAAUAGUGCACAGUCAAAUCUUCCUAAACCUCAAUUGCCUUACUUGCAGGUGGUUGACAGAGCAAUAUUAUGAUGCAAUUGUCAAGUUUGGACGAGCCGGUGAUCUCGGGUCCUUUUCACCUCUACGACAGCUCUUUCAUUCUCGAGUUUCUAAGGCCCCAUCCUUCGAGAAAUGCAUCGGUUCUGAUAAGAGCAACAUAUAAGCACGAUCAUCCACUCUGCCAAAGAGGUACUUCUCAUCCUCAGUCACCUCCUCUACACCUCCAUUUCAGCCAGUCCGAAAAUUUCCAGGUUCUCCAGGGAAAAAUUGGUACAAUAGAGACAUAUUCUCUAAUCAAGCAUAUCUCAACUCCAGAGGAUGGUCCACAUGAAAUAGAGCCAUACGUCCCUCACACAUUCUAUCCAGUUGCAGACUCCGACGAAGACUGUGUGAUGCUGAUGUGGGCAAAUCCAGACAAUGUGCAUGAUGUUAUGGAUCGAGUUUUUUUCACAAAUCUCCUACUAUAUAUCAGCGAUGUGCAUGAGAAGAAAGCGACUUUAAAUCCAUUUCAAAUAAUGUUGAUGCAACAUGUAUCAUCUACUGCACUGGUUUGGUUUCCUACUGCAACAUGGUUAGGCCCGCUACGCUGGUGGAUGCCAUGGAAGAUCCAGGCGUUGUUUGCAGCGGUGGGGAGAUUGGGAAGACUAACCCCUGCGAUGGAGAAAUAUACGUCGAAGGAAGACUGGGGGGUAAUUCAACGCACAGAGUGAACGUGACUUGCCAAGCGGAGGAAGUGGGUGCAAUACUGUUCCAAGUCGUACGAGUGGUUUUUGGGGCACUCAGUCGCGACCUCAGUGUAAGAUUCAUAGUAUAGCUUGAUACAGUAAUCGAUACAGCGACUGAAAACUUGCGAG